AUGGGGAAGGGAUGGCUUCAUGGAAUUAAUAAUGGGUCAAUGACAGUAUUCUAUCCGAAGCUUCAUGGAAUUGAUAAUGGGUCAAUGACAGUAUUCUAUCUGAAGCAUUUUCAUUGCCUGAUAAUUGGAUUCAAAGACCCAACCCAAGCCGGCCGAAUCCACUCCUUUAAAGAGAGCAACUUGGUCGCUGAUCUCGAGACCGAAAAGAAAGCUCUCGAGAUCUAGAGACCGGAUCUCAGCGUCGCUGGCCAACAAGUGCAGUUCACUCCUCCACCCCGCCGCCGGCCUGCUCCCGCCGCCGUCGAGGAGGCUUCGGCGAAGGAGGAGGAGAAGAAGACUGAGGAACCCAAGACGGAAGAGCCCAAAACUGAAGAGCCCAAAACAGAGGAGCCCAAAACAGAGGAGCCCAAAUCAGAAGAGCCCAAAUCAGAGGAGCCCAAGACAGAAGAGCCCAAAACAGAAGAACCUCCAUCAUCGGAGGAGGCCGCAGCUCCUGCAUCAGCAUCAGCUACCACAGAGGUAACUGAGGAAAAGACCGAGGCGGCGGACGAGGGGUCGAAAUCUGCAACCGAAACCGAACCUGCAGCACCCGAAGCCCAAACCCCCGCUCAAGAAGAACCCCCAGAGGAGAUCUUCAUCUGGGGCGUUCCGCUUAUCGGGGACGAGAAGAGCGACACUGUCCUCCUCAAGUUCCUCCGAGCCCGAGAUUUCAAGGUCAAGGAUGCCAUGACCAUGAUCAAGAACGCUGUCAUCUGGCGCAAACAAUUCGACAUUGAUUCUUUAAUUGAAGAAGACCUCCAGAUUCCCGAGCUUCAGAAGGUUGUUUUCAAUCACGGGUUCGAUAAAGAAGGGCACCCCGUUUGCUAUAAUGUGUAUGGGGAGUUACAGGAUAAAGAGCUGUAUGCAAAGGCUUUUGGGGAUGAGGAGAAGAGGGAGAGGUUCUUGAGGUGGAGGAUUCAGUUCUUGGAGAAGGGGAUUAGAGAGCUGCUUGGUUUUAGCCCUGGAGCUGUUUGUUCAAUGGUGCAGGUUACUGAUCUUAAGAAUACCCCCGGACCGGGGAGGAAGGAGCUCAGGAUUGCUACUAAGAAAGCACUCACUCUGCUGCAGGACAAUUACCCUGAGUUUGUUGCUAAGCAGAUAUUCAUCAAUGUUCCAUGGUGGUAUGUUGCAUACAACAAGGUGAUCGGCUCAAUCUUCACUCCAAGGAGCAAGAGCAAGUUUGUUUUUGCUGCAUCUUCUAAAUCUGCAGACACCCUCUUCAAAUACAUAGCACCUGAGCAAGUCCCAGUUCAAUAUGGUGGCCUGAGCAAGGAGAAUGACACUGAUUUCAUCACUGCCGAUGCUGUUACUGAGUUUAUAAUCAAGCCUGCAAGCAAGCAUACCAUUGAGAUUCCCGCUACUGAGGGGAGUACUGUUAUCUGGGAAUUCCGUGUUCUUGGUUGGGAAGUGACUUACGGUGCUGAGUUUGCACCAACUGCAGAGUCUGGAUACACUGUGAUAAUUCAAAAGGCGAGGAAAUUCGUUCCCACCGACGAGCCCUAUGUGAAGAACAGCUUCAAGAUCGGUGAGCCAGGGAAAGUAGUCCUCACCAUUGACAAUGCCACCUCCAAGAAGAAGAAGCUUCUCUACCGAUACAAGGAAAAGAGUUCCACUGAAUCCACUUAAAUGGGAAAAAAAGAGCCUUCAUAUGAUUUGGGUUUUCUUCUAGAGCGGAAAAAAGGUUUUUUUUUUGUUCCUGUUCUUUUUCUUCGUAAAUUGGUGAUCACUUGUUGUUAUUUACUGCUUAUUCAUAUUUGUUGAAACAAUUAAAGUACAUUGGUUAAGUUGGUGUGAGGGAGAGGAGGAGCUCUGCUACUUUGAUAUAUUACCCUGUACAUUAUGUGUAGAUUUGGCAUUUGUGAGUUAAUUUUAUAUUUUGUCAUA